AUGGCAGAUGCUGGACUGCCUAAGGGAGUGUGGUAUGACGAUGGCACCGGAUGUCGGCAGUACCGCCGGUACAGCGGCGGCAGCAAUGCGCAGAGCCCGCUUAUUCAUUUUUUUGACGCCGUUCUGGGGAUCAAGCACGAUGAAGUUUACAUACAGCAAGAUUGCAACAACUAUCGACGCCCCUUGGCCCAUGGGUUCCUGGCUGAAAUGCGCAAUUACAUGUUUGGUCCUCAUCGCCUUUUCUUGGACGAUAUAUCUCCUGUGGCUAAAAUCCUGGAGUAUGUGGUGUCCCGCCCUUAUGAUAGAGUCCUUCAGUCUCUGUAUGAUUCGUGUCUUGAUAUGCUUCGUACUCUCCGUGACAGGCAUAUUCAAAUGGUCACACGAUAUAUUGUGGUCGAGUCGUGCAAGAGACAGGCCAGCCCGUGCCCACUGGGCCAAUGUCCAUUAGAUGGUACAGGCAAUAUUGCACAGCCUGGUGCGGAAGGACGGACGGAUGUCGGGAUAAAAAUCGAGAAAUUACGCGGUACAGGUGGCACUGCUCUUCUGCGUUUUCUCAAGCAGGUUCGGAAUCGUACAAGGAGGUCCAUGACCUGA